GGGGCCCUGGAAGGCGUCGCGAGGGGUUGCGGCCGCGGCCUUUCCGGCCUUUCGGGCUCGCCCGCCUGACGGAGGGGCGGCGCAGGACGCGCCCCCACGCCGCGGAGACCCUGGGAACUCGCCGGAGCUGAGAGACGCUCUGUGCUUGAGGCAAGGCCCUUUUCCAAAUAAAGAGCCAGCAAGAAGUGGAGGUGACAAGAACUGAACUUGUUAAAGCCAUGUGCCCGUCUUCUCAAGUAUACAAUGUGCGUGGGCUCUCUCUUGUCCAGCGAGAAGGUCCACAGAACAGGGUAGAGGAGAGUGUGGUUGCAAAGUUGCUAAUCAAGACCUCCAGAGACCAAGCAGGAAGCAGUGACCAAUUGAGGAGUGGGCCAUGGAGCAAGCACAGGGACUGCAACACAUGGCCUCACACACAGGUCUGUGCCUACAAGACGUGGCCAUAGACUUCUCCCAGGAGGAGUGGGAGUGGCUGAGCCCUGCUCAGAGGAGCCUGUACAGGAAGGUGAUGCUGGAGACCUACCGGAGCCUGGUCUCCGUGGGUCUCUGCAUUUCUAAACCAGAUGUGGUCCACUUACUGGAGCAGGAGAAGGAGCCCUGGACGAUGCCAGGAGAAGUAGUCAGGGGCCUGUGCCCAGACCUGGAGUGUGUGGGGGUGACCAAGGAAUCAUCUCCACAUCGGGACAUGCACGAGGAAAAAUUAUCCCAGGCUGCAGUAAUGGAAAGACUGACAAGCCGUGACCCUGAGUGUUGUGCACAUUCUGGGGAAGACUGGAAGUGUGGACCCUUGCUGGACAGGGAGCUGGUAGGUCAGGAGACAGUCACUCAUGUGGAUACCCAUGUUGAGAAAAGAGACCGUUCUACCAAAUCCAGAACCCAUUGUCAUCAGAAUACAGUGUCUUACAUAACACAGAUUGUUCCCAGGGGGCAGAGAAGGUGUGAUUUUGAUACAGAUAAGAAAACACAUUCAGUUCCCAAAAAACCCAAGCAAGUCUAUGGAGAAAAGAAACUUUUGAAAUGUAACGACUGUGAGAAAAUGUUCAGCAAAGUUUCUACCCUUACUCUUCAUCAGCGAAUCCACACUGGAGAGAGACCCUAUGAGUGUGCCGAGUGUGGGAAGGCCUUCAGCCAGAACGCCCACCUUGCCCAGCACCGGCGAGUCCACACGGGAGAGAGGCCCUUCGAGUGUGCCCAGUGUGGGAAGGCCUUCAGCCAGAACGCUCACCUGGCGCAGCACCGGCGGGUCCACACCGGGGAGAGGCCGUUCCGCUGCCCGCAGUGCGCCAAGGCCUUCGGCCAGCCCGCACACCUGGCGCAGCACCGGAGGGUGCACACGGGGGAGAGGCCCUUCCAGUGUGUGCAGUGCGGGAAGGCCUUCGGCGACCGCUCCUCGCUGGCCCACCACCGCAGGGUCCACUCUGGGAAGAGGCCCUUCGGGUGCACGGACUGCGGGAAGACCUUCAGGCAGAAGGCCUCCCUGGUGCGGCACCAGCGGUACUACCACAAUGGGGAGAAGCCCUUCCACUGCGCGGACUGCGGGAAGGCCUUCACGGACCACGCAGGCCUCCUCCAGCACGGGAGGGUCCACACCGGGGAGAGGCCCUACAGGUGCGGCCAGUGUGGGAGGGCCUUCAGCCACAGCUCGUCCCUGACCGUGCACCAGCGGGUCCACACGGGGGAGAAGCCUUACCGGUGCGCCGCCUGCGGGAAGGCCUUCAGCCACCGCGGCUCGCUCACGCUGCACCAGCGAGUCCACACGGGCGAGAAGCCCUACGCGUGCCAGGACUGCGGGAAGGCCUUCCGGCAGAGCACCCACCUUGCCCACCACCGGAGGGUGCACACGGGCGAGAAGCCGUUCGCGUGCCAGGACUGCAGCAAGGCCUUCAGCCAGAACUCACACCUGGCGCAGCACCGGAAGGUGCACACCGGGGAGAGGCCUUUCGCGUGCCGGGCCUGCGGCAAGGCCUUCAGCCAGAUGGCACACCUCGUGCAGCACCAGCGGGGGCACACUGGCAGAAGGCCCCACGAGUGUCCUGAGUGUGGGAAGGCCUUCGGACAGAGGGCAUCCCUGGUCUGUCAUGGAUGCCGUCACACCGGCGAGCAGCCUUUCGAGUGUGGCGUUUGUGGGAAAGCCUUUAUCCAUCGUAAGUCCCUGGCUCUGCAUCAGAGAGUCCAUGCAGAGAGGCCGCAUGACUGUAAGGACCGCAGCAAGGCCUUCAGCCAGGUGGCCCCUCUGACUCGGCGUCAGAGGACCCACACUGGGGAAAGGCCCUCGUGCGCAGCCUGCGGGAAGGCCUUCAGGCAGAGUGCGCAUCCUGCCCACCUUCAGUGUGCACACUCCGCAGCCACCUCCCCAGCCCUUCCCCGCUCCCCGCGCCGGGCCACCAGGUCCCCGGGAGCCGUCCUCCACGUGCCUCUAGGCUGCCGUUUCCAGUCCGCUACCCAAUUUCAUUUGGACUUCUACAGUGUGGCACGAUUCCAGCUCAAUCUUUUAAAAUAAAAUACAUGUUCCUGUUUCUUUUCCAUUUAAAA